AUGUCAACUCUCAGGGACGUGAAAGAUGCAUCUGUUGAGCUCAUGACUUGCAAUGAAAUCGCUGAGGUGGUGGCGAUGUAUGAUAUGGCUGGGUCGAGACGCAACAAUGCCCCCGAAUGUGGGAAGGAGCGUAUAGUGUUCCGGGCUAGGCCCAACUCUACCGGCGCUGGGCUCGAUGAUGGUGAUAAUGAGCAGCAGAAGGAAUACAAAUCGAUCAUGGCGUGGUCCAAUAAGUAUGCUGUCAUCUCGGCCACAGAGGAGUCGGACUUCGACGAACCAUUGGAAGCCCUGACUCACUACAGUGCCAGCAUUGCCCUCACUGGCUCUACGGAGUCCCUCGCCACUGACGCUGACACCGCCCAGUGA